AUGCGCCUGAACUACCUGAAAAUCUUACAGCCGGCCCACCAGAAGCAAAACAAAAUUGCUGAGAUCGAUUACGGCACUUUAAAGCUUUCCAGCCGACUUACCGGACGCAGACCAAAAAAAGACAAGAUGGUUGGAUGUCACUGGACAAGCACUGAACAAAGGAAUUACCUUGAGUCUCAAUUCAGCGAGUUCCUGAAACAGCAGCUUCAGGGUACUUUAUUGAACUUCUGGUCUAACGUUAGCGCAGAGUUCUUACAGCGAUGGCCCGAAAUCAAUGUGCUGUACCCAGACAGGACACCUUCGGAGCUUAGCGAGGCUGAGAAUAUGGAACUGGGAAAGGCGAUUGAGGCACGCAAGAAGCAACUCAAAAAUUGGUUCAAUUAUAGAUCUCACAAAAGUGGUCGGUCACAACUCAAUGCAAUGACGAAAUCGAUUACCAAGAUGAUCGGUAACAAGGCAAAAGGAACUCGGGUUCAUACUGAGGUGGAAAUAUUUUCCAAAAUGAACUAUGACACUACUGUAUGGUCGGAGAUCAAGGAGAAAAUCGAGUGUGGCUUGCUCGUAACUAAGAACGAGAAAUUGAUGGCAGUCAGGGAGUCGACGAAAGCAGCAUAUGAGGCCGCGCCGUUAGAAAUUCAGUUAUUAUGCAAGGCAAAGGCUGCCAAAGAACGUGAAGCCAAGGCUUCUACCAUCCUCUCCGAAGCUGUGGCAACCAGAACACCUACCAACGCGCAGUAUGCAAAGGCGCUAGAGGAGUGUUGGGAGUGGACAGUCAUUGGUGGAGGCCCUGAUCCUCGCCUCGGGGGCAUGCUUAAUGUAUCGAGCUACCACACAGGUGUGAAUCAAGCUGGCCUUGCGUGGAAGCAGGCAACUUCGAAUUUCACGGACAAGCAUCUCAACCCAUACCUAAGCUAUCUUGGGACAGUUUUUACCGAGGAUGACAGGAAGAAGCAUGCAUUGGACUACGUGCUCCCUGCAUUUCUGUCGACGUCAUCGGUACCUCCUUUGGCACCUCCUUUGCCUGAUACUCCCAUCACAUUGUGGAGGAAGGACUUCAAAUUUUGGAAUACAAUGAGUAAUUCGACCCUGAUGACAUCUCCCACUGCGCCUUUGACAGUGCCAACGUUCAACUUUGACGGCUGUUCUUUCACCACUCCUGGCAUCACACGGGAAGUUCCAGUCCCUCACAAUGUACUUACUGCAGCAGCGCCUACCACAGCAGCGCCUACCUCAGAAGUGCCUAUCUCAGUAGCGCCUACCCCAGCAGUGCCUACCUCACAAGCGCCUACCUCACAAGCGCCUACCCCAGCAGUGCCUACCCCAGCAGCACCUACCCCAGUAGCACCUACCCCAACAGCACCUACCCCCCCCAGCAGCACUUAG